AUAAUAAACAGCUUGUCCAAUUUUAAAAUAAAAUUAAACGAAAUUUGCAAGAAAUUAUCGAUUUUUCUAGCUGUAAUUGGCAAAUUUUUGCAGUAAAAGUAUGUCAUAUAUGAACUCAUGACAAAGCAAGUCAAAAAUGUACUGCCAGCCAAACAAUUCGAACUCCCUGGCACACCUUGGCAAAGAAUUAUUGGAGGCUGCACGCAUUGGCAACGACGAUGAAGUGAGCGAUCUUAUGACACAAGGUGCUCCCUUCGUUACUGACUGGCUAGGGUAUUCCCCUUUGCACUUUGCAUGCAUCAACGGACACAUGUCAACCGUGGAAAUAUUAACGCGAGCUGGUGUGUCUUGGGAAGGGAGAACGAAGGCAGAUAAAACACCAAUCCACUUUGCUGCACAAAACGGACAUCGGGAUAUUGUUCAGUAUCUGCAUAAGCUUGGUGCUGAUAUCAAUGCAAAAGAUAUGUUAAACAUGACACCUUUGCACUGGGCAGUUGAUGAACAACAUUUCCUUGUUGUCAAAUUUCUGGUGGAAAAUAAAGCAGACAUAAAUGUUAAAAGCAAGUUUGACAAGACACCUUUAGAUAUUGCUCAAAGCAAUUCUGAUUAUCACUUUAUCCAGUUCCUUAAGAACGCUGGGCAGAAAUGUCUGAACUUUGACACGGAAGAAUCCCCUUCAACUUCAGAUUCUACAUCCGUUUUUGACUCCUUGACAACUUCAAUAGAUUCUAGUUUUUCUCGUGAUUACCUCGGCUCCAGUGUUGCCAGUGGUGCUCCAGUUUUACUUGAAGGUGCAAACCAGAUCACUUUAACAGAGGCUGGGAAACUUGCGUUACAAAAUUGGUCAUCACUUUAUGAACAAGCUGAACAAAAUAAUCAACAAGAUGAGAAAUCGGACACUAUAGUUCAAGAUAUAGAUGAGUUUAUUGAGAAAAAUCCACAAAAGUUUUUAACGAUCACGUUUGGAAAUCAACUUUUUUCUCAAGUCUCCACUCCAACUACAAACCAACCACUUAGCUAUGUGUGUACGUCUCCUGCUAAAGUUAAAACUUCAGGUGCCAAGAGAAAAGCAAGUGCUGAUUAUUCUCCUGCCAGACAGUAAGCCUGGUUUGUUUGUUGUUGUUUCUUAAAACGUCAACAAAAUCUGGAAGCGCAGCUCUUCAGCGCCAACUGACUGCCGCGCGUUCCAAGGCCGAGGAAUUCCAAGAAAAGCUGGGCGAAAAAGAACGGGAAAUAGAGACUUAUAAAAGGCAGCUGGAGUUACUGCAAAGCUCUGAAGUCUAAACCGAUCGUGCCAUUUUACGUAUUUUUUACCUUCUGGUGCUUAAUUACAUUUUUGCCGCUUGCCAAGUGGUCUUACUAUGUUGUGUGUCCGCGCUUUAAAUAGUAUGUGUCAAUCAAUGACGUAA